AUGUCGUCCACCACCCCAUACUUCCGGCCCUCAAACCACGCCCAAGGCUUGGCCAAUUAUCCCCAUGCACGGGCUGUCCCAUCGAGCAACGGCCAAGGAUCAUAUAUAUACGUCUCAGGAACGUCUUCGCGCCGUGGCGAUGGAACAUUCGUCGGCGCCACUCGCACAGAGGAUACCGCAGGCAAGGUCACGCUGGACCUAGACAUCAGGCAGCAAACCGCAUCUGUCCUGUCCAAUAUACACGCAGACAUUCAAGCGGCCUCGGAAGGGAAAGCAGGGAUCCAGAACGUCGUCGACGCGACGGUCUUCUUGACCAGCAUAAACGGCGACUAUUCGGGCAUGAACGAGGAGUGGAACCGUGUGUGGCCGGACCGCACUACAGCACCAGCCCGGACAACGGUUGAAGUGCGCGCGUUGCCGCGUGAAGAGAUAUUGGUGGAAAUCAAAUGUGUUGCGUAUUAUCAAUAA